AUGCCUGCAAUGUUCUGCCUUUUUCUUGGCCUUGCCUCUGGCUUGUGCCUUGUUGUCACAUUCCGGAACACCGCACCGCAGCCUACGAUUCGAGCAACAGCGCGCGUGCAUCGCCCCCCCGUCCCCCCCGAUGAAGAGCUUUUGGCCAAGCUUGAUCCAGCCUUCUCUGAUCAAGAAACAGAUAUCAUCCGUCACUCGAUGAACGAAUUUGCAGCCGACAUGCCGACGCGUGAGCAGAUUGACGAAAGGCGCAAGUUGAAGUAUCAACAGCUUGCCGCGGUCAGCAAAAAGCUCUCUGGCCUGGUCCUCGAUCACCACAAACAGUUUAUGACUGAGCUGGCGCGUGUCACGGAGCUUUCAGAGCAGCUCCAAAUGACUGUUGUCGUCUGCAAAAAUGGGCGCCGCCUCCUCAACAAGGCCGAAACCGCUGUAUCUUCAAGCCUCGAGGUCUUGCUCAAGGACCGCCGAAAACGGCGCAUGAUCCACUUGCUCAAAUCCUUGCAAGCCAUUGCGAUCAUGCGCACCGCCGACACGCGCCUCUCACAGCUUCUGGAGGAGCGCGACUUUUUGGGAGCCAUUGAGCUAUGGAAAAAUUGCCGGGUCAUCACCACCGUGUACGAUGAAUAUGAUUGUAUUCGAGAUUUGGCAGCCCAGCUCGGUGAAGGCACGCCUCGCAUCAUUGGGCGUCUCCAGGUCGAGCUGGAGACGAUGCUUGACGACAAGGUGCUAACACCUUGUCGCGAUGGCAUUGCGCCUGAUCAAGUUGCCACCCUCAGCUUUGCCGGUGCCGGAGAGAUCUUAGAUGCAUACAGCGCGCUUGAGGAGCUGGAUGCCUGCAUUGAUGCCGUUGCAACGCGCCUUUGCUCAUAUCCCGCCAAACUUGCGCGUAGCGUUUUGGGAGAGCUCACACAAAUACCAAACAUUCGACGGGCUCCAUUGCGCACCAUUUUCCAGCAAAUCAAACCAGCUGAUCUUGAGCUCGGAAUCACUCGCCUCUGCCGCGCGUACGCGCUACUUAUGCUAUUCUUUGAUCGCGUGGCCAGUGUACUGCUGGAGGCCAACCACAAGGCACGCGUAUCAGCAGCGGCGGAAAGCACUGAUCCCGGAGAGCCACACGAUCUUGAUCAGGAGCACGCAGGGUUCAGUGAUGGAACGAGUAUCUCUGCGCCCCCCACGCCACGUGGGGGCACUAUAUCAAACGCCAAUGCCCCGAGCAGCGAGCGCUUUCUCUCCGUGCGCGACGACAGGUUGGGUGCACUCUUCCGCAAAUUUAUCCAGACAAUCGCUGCAGUCGCAAGCAGCAGACUCACGCGUUUUGGCUGGCCACAUGGCAGUGACGACUUGGAUUAUGUUCCUGUACGCGUACAGCAUGCGCGCUUCAAGCUUUGGCAAGAUUUGCAGCGCCAGCUUGUACUUGUUUUGGCUUCUUCUCAGAUUGCCGCUCUGAAUGCUGCCGAUUACAUGGAGCUUAUUACCCAUGUGCGCUGUUUUGGCGAACUCGGCGAGGAUUUUUCGGGCCGAACAGAUUCCAAUCUCAUGGCGCAAGCCAUCAAGGAUCAAACACGCGCCUACGUCAUCAACUUUCACCGACGCACACUUGGCGAGUUCCGCGGAGUCAUCGAGAGUGACAACUGGGCUCCUGCACCCGUGGCUCCGGAUUUUAACAUUUUCUUUCUGCCCGAGUUUGCCUUUUUGCGCAAACCUCGCACUCGGGAUGGUGGAUCACAAGAGAUCGCAUCUAAUGCAAUCAAUUUGGACGGCGAUGGUCUCGCCGAGACCGAGACCGACCCUGCCACCCUGGUCGACUUUGUACAGGCACCAGACAAGUUUUUCGUCGUCCAUGCUCAAGCACAGGAAACCACCGCCCUCAACGCUAAAUCUGCAGCGACGACUCCUGUGAAAACAAGCAAACCCCGCACGGCAGGUGGAACGCCGCAAAGGCCCAUUCCAGCAUCAGCACCGGUCACACCCGCAAAGGGUGCCCCGCCGCCACCACACUGCUCCCAAUCAGCGCUCCGCUUGACUGCGGAAUGUGGACGCUACUUGCAAAUGAUGCAGGUCUUCCCAGCCAUAGCCAGCGACACUUUUGCACGUCUCACAGAACUUGUGGACAUGUACAUUUAUGCGGUCUUUCACUUCUUCGCAGAGGAUCAGAUGUUUUUCUCCUACGCUGUGCUGUCUCCGACCGCCAACUCGCUGCUCGAGCGUGUGCGCCGCCCUUUCGAGGGAUAUCCGCCUGGCACGGCCAGGGUCGCCGAGGGCGAGGCGACUGAUGACAACGUGAGGUCAGACGAAGAGGAGGAAGCGGAGGAAAGUGGGGCAAACCCGACGGAAGCUGAACCUGACAUGGAGCUCGCUCCGCGACCACCGCAAGCUCAGCCGUUAAAAUUGCACAGCGAUGUUGAGCGUGAUAAUGCAUCGUCACUUUUUGGCCUCGCGGCUCGAGUCAGCGGUGCCGAAGGCCUGAACUUUGUGAGCACAGUUUUGCGCUCUCUGCGCAACAAUAUUGUGCGGCGCCUCGACUCGACCGGGGCUCAAGCUGCUGACAGCUAUCUCAAGCAGACCGUGGACCACUUCAAGGAACUGCGCUGGUACAUCUAUAAAAAUGUCGUCUUUCGCAUGAUGCCCUCAGAUAAAAUGACGGCAGCUUUGGAUGGUCUGAAAUGGGAUGUGAAGGAAAUCACGACUGAGCACAGUCCCUACGUGGACGAGCUGAUUGCGGAUGUGCGCGUCAUUCAUACGCGAUUGGACUUGCUGGGCACCAAGCGGCUACCCGAGCCAGCGCUCAAAACCAUCUGGAACGAGAUUUACAGCGUCACAAACAUGGCCUUUGUAGAUGGCUUUGCCUCGGCCAAAAAAUGUACCAACGAAGGUCGUGCCAAGAUGCAGCUGGACUACAAGCACUUUCUGAAUAAGAUUGGCAGUUUGAGCCCAGUCAAGCCCACGACCGAUGUCGUGCAAAACUACAUUCAGGCAUAUUACCUAUCAGAUGCGGACCUUGAGCAGUGGAUUCGUACCAAUCAUCAGGUCUACACGGCACGCCAGCUCAGUCAGCUCAUUGCCGUGACACCGCACAAGAAGGCGCAGCGCCAGAAGCUACAAAAGGUGGUGGAUGAAGUUAAAGCAUGA